CCGUAGACCCCUCUGCAUAUUUUUACUGGAGAUGGAUACAGCCUGGCGGUGAAUGGGUUAAGGAGCGGGGGUCCAUAUUCCUCCUUUCCUUAUCGCCAUGAUGAACAAAUGAACUCUCGGGGAAUGAAAUUAAAAUUUCAUAAAGGAGAAAAAGUUCUUUGUUUUGAACCCGAUCCAGAAAAGGCCAAAGUGCUCUAUGAUGCAAAGGUUGUUGAUAUUGUCCUAAGGAAAGAUGAUCGGGGAAACCGGGUGCCGCAGUACCUGAUUCACUUUAACGGUUGGAACAGAAGUUGGGACCGUUGGGCUGCUGAGGACCAUGUUCUGCGAGAUUCAGACGAAAAUCGAACAUUACAGCGUAAACUGGCGCGCAAAGCUUUGGCUCGCAUGAAGAGAAAGGGAUGGAGGAAACGACGCUGUCGUUUACCUGGUGUUAAUGCAGCUCUAAAGCCCCUUCCAGAAGAGGAAGAGGAGGAGAGCGAUGACACUUCUUUGAUCUCAUCAUCUGAUGAUAGUGACGAGGACGAUUCAGAAGACCCUGAAUCUUUAAAAAGCGGAGAAAGCGACUCGUCUGAUGAUUUAGAUGAAAUGAGGGAGGAGCAGGAAGCUCACGCCAAACGGGAGGGUGAAGAGAAGACGGUCUCUGUCAGCAUUGAUAUUCCUGACAUUCUCAAGAAGAAGCUGGAGGAUGACUGCUACUACAUCAACAAGAGGAAAAAGCUGGUCAAGCUUCCGAGUCAGAUGAACAUCGUGAAUAUCCUGGAGUCGUACGUGAAGCACUUCACCCUCAACGCGGCUUUCUCUGCCAACGAGCGGCACCGCCAUCGCCAGGCAUCUGCCACGACGGACACCGGGCCUCAACCUAUACCACCCGAGAAGAAUGAGGACCUCUGUAAGGAGAUGGUGGAUGGACUGAGGAUCACGUUUGACUUUACUCUUCCCAUGAUCCUCCUUUACCCCAAUGAGCAGGCUCAGUUCAAGAAGGUCACCUCCUCCAAGUUCGUUAUGCCAGUCAACGAGCCGUCGGCAGGUCCCAGCAGAGCUCUGCAGGAGCGUUCCCCCAGCCCUGGCGCCAACCCCUCCACCCCUCAGUCCGUCGACAGCCAGCCGGCCGGGAGCGAGACGUCCACUGGGCCGCCCCUGUUUGUCCUGGGCCACGCGGGCACCCCCAAACGACGACGCGGCCCCACCUCGGUGGCGGAGGCGGCCGAGUGGGCACAGUCACUGCGCCGUUCCACCCGCCACACGUCCGGGGGAGAGCGAGAGGGAGGAGGAGGUGGGGGCAGCAGCAGCAGCACCUCGCCCCCACCCAAACGCCGCCUGGGAGACAACUACGGCACUUUGCCCAAGUUCUUCCUGAACCUGGAGAGGAAGACCCCUGUGGACAGCGGGUCCUCCUCCCCAUUACCGUUGACGCCAAGCAAAGAUGGCAGUGGUGUGUUCGCUGGGCUGGGCACACGCAGGAACAAUGAGCUGAAUGAGGUGUUGAGUUGGAGGCUGACUCCUGACAACUAUCCUCAGAGUGACCAGCCCCCUCCCCCUUCAUACCUCUAUGGGUCUCAGCAUCUGCUCCGCCUGUUUGUGAAACUGCCAGAGAUCCUGGGGAAGAUGCACAUCCCCGAGAGGAACCUCCGAGCACUAGUUAAACACCUGGAGCUGUUCCUCAGGUUUCUGGCCGAGUUCCAAGAGGACUUCUUUCCGGAGUGUGCUUACGUGUCGGCCACUGAGGCGCACUACUGCAUGAAGCAGCCGCACGCCACCUUCUGAGCACGCUCUUGAACUCUGACCCCUUACCAGUGGCCCUUCACCUCAGGACUGAAGGCAGCCCUCCGUGUGGCACUUGCUCUGCCCUAAUCCAGCGUCACCCCUGUGCUUCACCUCAAGCUGCAAGACUCGAGCGGUGGACUGGACGACAUGUCAAUCGAUUGGAUGUCCACUUCCUGUUUUUGGCUGAGAGAAGGAAGGAGGGAUUGGUGUGGAUUUUUGUUUCUUCUUCACUGUAAUGUUUUGUUUUUUUUUGCUUUCCAUCCUCAAAGACUUGUCUCUUCUUCUGUGGCGUCUCAUCUCUCACCUCUGCUGCCCGGCUCUUUUGCCCCGCCAACUAGACGGCCCCAAAAAAAAAAAAGACAUUUCCAGAAGAAAGAAUCGAACUUGUGUGAUGUGAGAGAAGUGUGUGUUGGCUUUGCCUACAAAGAACUGAGCUGUGUGUGUGUGUGUGUGUGUGUGUGUGUGUGUGUGUGUGUGUGUGUGUGUGUGUGUGUGUGUGUGUGUGUGUCUGGUGCUCCUGUAGGCAUCAAGAGCUAAGACUGUUUGAUGUGUCUGAAACAGCCUGAAACAUUGCGUCUGCUGUGCUUUUGUUUUUGGUUGACAAUUGUUUUGAGCCGAUUUCCCCAUUGUUAACUUUUCAAAUGCUGGCAUUAGAGUGGAUGGGUACAGAAGGUACAGUAAGACGAUCCACAUGUCUGUGUGUACUUGUUACUUGUAUGUGUUCAUUUAGAGGCUCUUUGUAGUCUUUGAGAUGGUUGUUCGCAGUUGUAUUCUAAUGCACUGGCUGUUGUAUUCUAAUGCACUGGCUGUUGUGUAUUUCUCUUAUUUUCCUGAGGCACAGUUUAGGCGAUAAUUGGAUAUGCAUGUGACUGUUGUAAAAUAUACAAUACAUUGUGCUUCAAUACAAAAUGAUAUUUUUUA